AUAAGCCAGUCUAGCUCAGAUUUAUUUAUUUAUUUAUUUUUUGAAGAUAGCUCAGAUUUAUUGGUUUGGGGAGAAUAAAGCAUUAAUUGGGUCAUAAAGUUUGGAUUGGGCCCCCAAUAUCAUCAGUAAUCUACCCCAAAAAAUAAAAAAUAAAAAUAGAGAGAGAGAUUCGAGAAGAGGAGAGAAGAGAACCCUAGCUCCCAGCAAGAGCAACUAAGCAACUUUGAGAGUGAGAGGGAGAGGGAGAGCUUCCACGGAAGCUGAGACUGCUCUUCUUCCAGUUCGUGGUUACCGUUGAGGCUGGUAUUGCUGUGUCUAUCAUAACAAACAAUGGCAGAUGGUCAUGAAACGGACAAGAAUAUUGAGAUAUGGAAAAUCAAGAAGUUGAUCAAAGCCCUGGAAGCUGCAAGAGGCAAUGGUACCAGCAUGAUAUCUCUUAUAAUGCCUCCACGUGAUCAAAUAUCUCGUGUGACUAAGAUGUUGGGUGAUGAAUUUGGAACUGCUUCAAACAUCAAAAGCAGAGUCAACCGUCAGUCGGUUUUGGCCGCCAUUACUUCUGCUCAACAGAGGCUGAAGCUUUAUAAUAAGGUUCCUCCCAAUGGGCUUGUCCUUUAUACUGGGACAAUUGUUACUGAUGAUGGGAAGGAAAAGAAGGUCACAUUUGACUUCGAGCCUUUCAAGCCUAUAAAUGCAUCACUCUACCUCUGUGAUAAUAAGUUUCACACAGAAGCCCUAAAUGAACUCUUAGAGUCUGAUGACAAGUUUGGUUUUAUUGUCAUGGAUGGAAAUGGCACACUUUUUGGGACAUUGAGUGGAAACACACGAGAGGUUCUUCAUAAAUUCACAGUUGAUCUACCAAAGAAGCAUGGAAGAGGAGGGCAGUCAGCUCUGCGUUUUGCUCGUCUUCGGAUGGAAAAGCGGCACAACUAUGUGAGAAAGACUGCGGAACUUGCCACACAAUUCUUCAUUAAUCCUGCAACAAGUCAGCCUAAUGUUUCUGGGCUAAUACUUGCAGGUUCCGCCGACUUCAAAACUGAGCUGAGUCAGUCAGAUAUGUUUGAUCCUCGAUUGCAGGCGAAGAUAUUGAAUGUGGUUGAUGUUUCUUAUGGAGGCGAAAAUGGUUUCAAUCAAGCUAUUGAGCUUUCAUCAGAAAUCCUGUCAAAUGUGAAGUUUAUACAAGAGAAACGCCUCAUUGGGAAAUAUUUUGACGAGAUCAGCCAGGAUACUGGGAAAUAUGUCUUUGGUGUAGAGGACACAUUGAAAGCUCUAGAAAUGGGUGCUGUAGAAACACUUAUUGUUUGGGAAAAUUUGGACAUUAAUAGGUAUGUCCUGAAACACAGCACCACUGGUGAGAUAAUAAUAAAGCACCUGAACAAGGAACAAGAGGCCGAUCAGAGCAACUUUCGGGAUCCAGCUACCUCUGUGGAUUUGGAAGUUCAGGAGAAGAUGUCCUUACUUGAGUGGUUUGCCAAUGAGUAUAAGCGGUUUGGCUGCACACUUGAAUUUGUUACCAACAAAUCUCAAGAGGGAUCACAAUUUUGCAGAGGGUUUGGUGGGAUCGGGGGUAUACUUCGUUACCAGCUUGAUAUGAGAUCCUUUGAUGAGUUAUCUGAUGAUGGUGAAGUAUACGAGGAUUCGGAUUAAGUGUCGAUCGCCUGUGGUUUACUGCACUCGUUGGAGGAUGUUGUGAAAGUUUGCACCAGGUGCAAUGGUGUCUUUGCUGCUGCAGCUACCUGCGAGACUCGAAAAUACAGUCUGUGAUUUGAUUUCACUGCUUCAGAGUUUAUUUUGCUUCUCUUCCAUUGGAUGUGUAAUGAUAUUAACUUGGUAAUGUUUCCUAAAAACUUUUCCGGUCAAUAUCCUGCCUGGAUCCUCUUCUGCUGUGUUUGAGAACCUUUCCUCUAUUGCGAAAACAGUUUGUGAUUCCUCGAGGUAGAAUUGACAGAGAAGAUUUUAAUCCAGGACCUGGAUGGUUUGUUUUCUAGUUGCUUGAAACUUGCCAUUGUUGUGUGAUGAAAUAAUGUUGAAGAAAUUUGGACCCAUCAAGUACUCUUUUCCAUGGUACUAAAACAAAGUCUUGUUUGAAUUA